AAAAUUUUACAUAUACAGUGUGAGCCAAUUUUUCGUUAGAUUGUUCCAAACGAAAAAAAACUAUUUACAUAUUUUAUUUAUAUUUAAAUUUUAUAUCUCUCCGUGAAGUUGUAAAAAAUAGUAUUACUAGUGAGCUGCUUUCCGUGAUCAAAUUGUCAAAUUUUAGCAUCAGUUGGGCUGGAAAAAGUAAAAUCCAGAAAAACAUAAUAUUUUGGAUCAAUUUAAAUAAUUUAAUAAAAGUACUUCAUAAAAAUAAGUAUUUCCUGAAAUGUCAGCCACAGAGGAUAGGAAACGUAACGCUUCUGAAGAAUGCGAACAAAAUGAACCCAAGGAUAAUGUAGUGGCCAAUGAUGAUGAUGAUGAUGCUUGGAUUGGUCCUAUGCCAGAGGAGCAAUCAGCUGUGUCAAAAGCUAAAAAACGCAAAGUUUUACCAUAUGAAAAAGUGUAUUUGGAAAACCUCCCCAACGCUGAGAGCUAUGAAAAAAGUUAUAUGCACCGCGAUAUAAUUACACAUGUAGUGAGCACCAAGACGGAGUUCAUAGUGACUGGUAGCUAUGAUGGACACAUAAAAUUUUGGAAGAAAAUGGAGGAGGGUGUCGAAUUCGUAAAACAUUUUCGAAGUCACUUGAUGCCAAUACACUCAUUAACAACCAACGCAAGUGGUACACUGCUCUGUUCAGCUUCUGCAGACAAAUGUGCAAAAAUAUUCGAUGUGGUUAAUUUCGAUAUGAUAAACAUAAUUAAAUUGGGUUUUACACCACUAUGUACAGAAUGGAUACAUUCCUCGGGCGAUGCCGUUCAUACUCUGGCAGUUUCAGAUAAAGAUAGCAACAAGAUCGUUAUAUAUGAUGGGCAAGGAAAUGGCGACGUUUUACAAGUUUUGGAAAAACUGCACUCUGCACCAGUAGUGGCAAUGUGUUUUAACUUGAUGUAUGAAACCGUGAUUUCGGUUGAUAAAAAUGGUAUACUCGAGUAUUGGCAAAACUCUAAACAUGACUAUAAAUUCCCACAAAAACUUGUCACGUUCGAUUCAAAGCUAGACACAAGCUUAUUCGAGUUUGCGAAAAACAAAGCUUUAGUCACAGGCCUUGCCGUAUCGCCUGAUGGCCGCCGAUUCGCUACUAUAUCAAAUGAUCGAAAAGUCAGAGUGUUUCAAUUUAACACCGGAAAAUUGAUACGUGUAUUUGAUGAAGCAUUGACUACAUAUACACAAAUGCAACAGACUCCACAUGCAUUACCAAAUAUGGAAUUUGGAAGAAGAAUGGCUGUGGAGCGAGAUUUGGAUAAGUCUGAGUUCAGUACAAACAACAAUAUACUCUUCGAUGUGAGUGGACAUUUUAUAAUGUAUCCCACUAUGUUAGGCAUUAAAGUAAUUAACAUUGACACAAAUAGAUGUGUUUCUAUUUUGGGGAAAACGGAUAAUAUACGUCCAUUACAUAUAGCCUUAUUCCAGGGCAAGGCGAAAAAAUCGAAGGCGGCUAUAACUAUGGAACAGGAGGCUAGCGACAAUCCUGCAUUGCAAUCCAUAGCCAAUGACCCUACGAUGUUCUGCGCUGCUUAUAAGAAAUCGCGUUUUUAUCUAUACAGUCGUCGAUUACCAUCUGAUUUGCAAGAUGUCGAUCGGGAUGUAUUUAAUGAAAAACCUUCGAAAGAAGAUAUUAUUGCAGUGCCAGAAGGACAAGGUACACAACGUGUUUACGAAAACGCUAUUUUGCACACAACGGUGGGUGAUAUACAUAUGAAACUGUUCUAUAAGGAAUGCCCUAAAACAGUCGAAAAUUUUUGUGUUCAUUCCAAAAAUGGCUACUAUAAUGGUCACAUCUUUCAUCGUGUUAUAAAAGGUUUCAUGGUGCAAACCGGUGAUCCCACAGGCACAGGAACUGGUGGUAAAUCAAUAUGGGGACACGAUUUCAAAGAUGAGUUUGUGCCGAGUCUCAAACAUGAUCGUCCUUAUACUGUUAGUAUGGCAAAUGCUGGUCCCAACACUAAUGGUAGUCAGUUUUUCAUUACAGUCUUGCCAACGCCUUGGCUGGAUAACAAACAUACGGUGUUCGGUCGGGUGUUUCGUGGAAUGGAAGUUGUACAAAAUAUUUGCAAUGCAAAAGCAAAUCCCAAAACAGAUAAACCUUAUGACGACAUCAAAAUCAUAUCAAUUCGAUUGAGUAAUUAAUAAUUUUGUAAGCAAUGUAAACUAGUUAAACAACUAUUUAAAACUCACAACCUAAACUCACCAUAUAUGUAUAUUUAAAUAUAAACAAGCUUUUUUUUAUUUAGUGUUUUUUGUAAAGUUCUC